AUGAACUCUUCCGAUUGGAACUCGAUGCAAGGGUUUCAAGAAAAAGGGCUCGAAGCUUCUCUCGCUGGUCUGGCUCUGUCUCAAAAUGCCCUUUUCAUCGGUGGCGAUGGAGAUAAACGUAUGAUAGGUGCCAAUAACAGAAACCAAGAAUCUAUUACCGCAUAUAAUAAUACCAUAUUCCCGCCACAAGGCGGCAUAGCAUUGGUUCCCCGACACCCUAACACGCUUCAUCAGGGGCCUGCAGGUGGCAGCAAUGGCAAUAUUGGUGGCAAUGGUGGGAGUCGCGAUAACUUUUAUUGGAAUAUGGAGCAUAGGGAUUUGAAUGUGGGGCGCGAGAAUACUGCGGGGAAUAUGACUGCGAAUAGCAUAAUGGAUAGCACCGUCAACACUAAGGAAUCUGCCUAUAAUACCACAGUGGGCUCGAACCACUGGCAACAAGAAACUGUCGAGUCUAUGCAAUUAGAGUUACAGCUGAAGGAGACCCAAAUUGAGUCACUAGAAACCGAGAUACAGAGUCUAAAACGCAUUUUCAACCAAGGACUUUCUGCCAGACAAGAACAGGAUAGCAGGGUUUCCUCGGCAUCCCAGAAGGGUCGCACUGUCGAGAUGCCGGUGAGCUUAGAGUCCAUUUUUCAUAAGAUGUCAUCUGUAAUUGCGGCAAAGGACAAAGAGUUAGAGGAGACAAGUAGAAGACUUGAAAGCAUUGUCACCGCAAUAGCAUUGAACCCCUCAAAUAGUGUUACAAAGCUCGGUCGCUACGAUGAAGAGGCGCUAGCUCACAAAAUGGUUGUAAGGUUGGAAACACUGACUAAGGAAAACCAAGACAUGGCCAAAAUGUUAGGAUACGGAAGGUCAAAGGAGCAACACAUUGAACUAGAGCUUAUCAAAAGAGAAAAUCAAGAGCUCAAGAGGAAACUUUCCCAGGUUGAGCGCAAAGCCCUUAAGGACUAG